AAGCUUUAUUGGCAAUAGAGAAACUAAACUUGUAUCGACAAUUUGAUAAUAUACAACUAAAUAAUGAUAAAUUGGAAUUAUCAGAAGGAAUCAAAUUAAUUGAAUUUAGUUCAUGUAUUAAACAAGUCUCAUUAUAG